UAAAAAGAUUGUAAAUGGGUUGAUCCGGCUUUUAACGGGUCUACAUUUAAAACCUUGUUAAAGGAAUGCAAGAAUGAAAAACUAAGAAAUGUGGAAGAGGGCAAUUUCCUCUUCUUCUUCUAACUUGCUAUUGAGUUUCUUCAUCAGAUACAACAAUGGUGUCUUUUCUUUUCUUCCGAGAAUUUCUCUUCCCAAUAUACCUUGUAGCUUCCCCAGUGUUCUGCCCAAGGUUUUCGUACAAGACCCUCCUUUUGGUCCACUCCUUCAAAUCUACUCUACUGCAGGCCGAGGAUUUCACAGUAGCAUGUCUUUAGACAGAGCUAUAAAUGACAGCAUAAAGCAAUCUGAGAGUAGCUCUACUACGCCGGAUGCAUCUACUAAAGUAAAGAGGAAAAAACUGAAGGGAAAAAGAGCGGUUGUAAGGUGGCUAAAGCACUUUAGAUGGAAGAAAAAGAAGGAGCUUCAGAGGAUGACUGCUGAAGAGAAGAUCUUAUACAAGCUGAAAAAGGCUCACAAGAAAGAAGAAAGACUUAUUAAGUCACUGAAGAAGUUAGAACCGAAAGAGUGGUCCGAGGCAAUUCAUGAUCCUGAGAUAUUGACUCCAGAGGAGCACUUUUACUAUCUAAAGAUGGGCCUCAAAUGCAAGAACUAUGUCCCUGUAGGUAGAAGAGGGAUAUACCAAGGUGUAAUCCUCAACAUGCAUUUGCAUUGGAAGAAACACCAAACGUUGCAAGUAAUUGUAAAAACAUUUACUCCUCAAGAAGUGAAGGAGAUAGCUGCAGAACUAGCGAGAUUGACAGGUGGGAUUGUACUUGACAUUCAUGAUGAGAACACAAUAAUCAUGUAUAGGGGAAAGAACUACAUGCAACCACCGACAGAGAUAAUGUCACCACGUGUUACCUUACCUAGGAAGAAGGCAUUGGAUAAAUCAAAGUAUAGAGAUUCCUUGCGAGCUGUUAGAAGAUAUAUUCCAAGGCUUGAACAGGAACUUGAGUUACUUAAAGUUCAAACUGGAAACAAAGAGGAUCAUGCCCUUGAGAAAGCUGAAAAUGACAUUGGCUCUCCUGCCUUGCCGGUCUCGGAAUCAGUCCCUUCAGAUAAGUUAAGAGAACUAAUGGAUCAAUAUGAUAGAACUAUGGAGGGAGAUGAUCCAUUUUCAGAUACUAGCAUGAACUCAGAUUCAGAAGAUUUAUCUGACAUGUUUGAAACAGAUUCAGAUAGUGCAGAAAACGUAGAACAAUCUCUAUACUUGAAUGAGUUUGAUAAGAUUCCAGCUAAGAAUUCAGAUCCAGGAAAAUUUGUUGAAGAUUUAUGUCGAAUGUCAUUAGACUCAAAAAAGGACGAGUUGACAAGUGAGAAUGCUGAUAUGGCCGAUUUUGAUGAAAUCGACCAAGUGUUUUUACAAGCAGCUGAACUUUUGAAGAAAAAGAAGAGGCGAUGAAGAUCGUUAUGUUAUCGAGGAGCUGAAAAUCCGAAACACCACAAGGUUGUACCUGAUCUCUUAUAACCUAUGGAAACAUUCAUGUGCUAUGACUCUCAACGCUGAUGGUGAUAGGAGCAAUUUUUUUCGAGAUCAUAUGGCUUCUCCCUACGAGUUCAAGCCAUCUGAUCGUAAUUAUGCUGCUCGUCUUUGUUUGACGACAAAAGAUUUAGCGUUUCUUGCUACUAAAAGAUGUACACAAAAACUUGGAUGAGACUGUAGCAAGUUAAGACGGCGUGUAAUAACAUUCUAAUUUUUUGGGCAUUUAUCAAUUUUGACCCUAAAGGUAUUAAUUUUGAAAAUUGAUACCUUUAAGUCAAAAUUGAUACCUUUUAAGAUUAAAAUUGAAAAAUGUCUAAAAAAUGAGAAAAAUGCCAGGUUGUUACACGCGCAAAUUAGGCCGGUCCAAAUUAACGGUCUCAUUAUGAGGCCGUCUUGUCCAAGACCAGCUGAAAGAUGUAUUGAAGAACUCCCACAUGAUGCUAAAACAACUGAAACGUACACAGCUUUUCUGCUCUCGAUGUCGUGCUUUUUGGGGGCUAACUCCGUUGGAGAUGCUGAGAAGAGUGUUGCUCACAGAGAAUGGAUUGCAUAUGAUUUUCACAUCAUAUUGCAGGGCCUUGGGAAAUAAGGGUUGGUCCCUUGGUUUUACUGCAACGAUAUAGUUAAAUCACUUGGGAAAUUACGAGUAAUGUUCAAAAAGUUUCUCGAAGUCAUUAAGUGGCUCUAUCUAAGCAGAAUUUGGGAGGUUGAAUGUACGUUUGUUUUGUUAAUUGUAAUAAAUAGGUUGUUUCCGCUUGAUCUUUAGUAGCAAAUAUCAUGUGCAAUUUUAUAUAAGCGAGAAGUGCAAAUGAAUUAAUGUGACAUCCUAAUAUAUUCUAUUGUAAUUCAAAAUCAAAAA